UCGCUCUCUCGGCGAUCAUUGGGUCGGGCCUGGUUUGUGUAUUGAGCCUCGUCCUUCCCGGCGUGCUUUGCGGGACAGCCAUGGCCGGAGUACUGAAGAAGACCACUGGCUUGGUUGGAUUAGCUGUAGCUCAGAAUCCACAUGAGCGCUUGAAAAUAUUGUAUACAAAGAUUCUUGCUGCCCUGCAGACCAUUCCAAAUGAUGCAGCAUAUCGGAAAUACACAGAACAGAUCGUCAGUGAACGAUUUAAUGCAGUAAAGACUGAAGCCAAUGUUGAUAGACUGGAGCAGAAGAUUAAUUCUGGCCAAAUUGAAGAAGUAAUUCUACAGGCUGAAAAUGAAUUGCAUCUGGUAAGAAAAAUGUCUGAGUGGAAACCUUGGGAACCUUUGAUUGAAGAACCUCCUGCAGAUCAGUGGAAAUGGCCGAUCUAGAAUUUCACUUAUUCUGUUAAUAUUUGUAUAAAGUUGCAAGGGACAGCAUCUAAAAAUAGUCUUUCCAGUUCUCAAUAAAAAAAACUAUAUAUCAAAAUGGUA